AUGACCGCACGCAUGGUCCACUUCUCUAAGCUCAGCUUACCCGGCAACGCGUGCCCGGAAGACUAUACCCAGGAAACCAUCAGCAUCCUUCGUGAACGACUCCUCGACUCACAGCAACGUGGCGUCAGGGCUCAUCCCUCUGUCUACUUUGGCAUCUGGCAUCUGGCGCCUGGCAUUGGCGGAAUCCUAACCGUAGCACGGGCCGCCCACGUCUUCGACACCUCCGUCGACGCCAUCAUCACCGACCUCCUCGCCUGCCUCACGGUCGCAAAAUACGUCUGGCGCAGCCCGCACGCCACCAACAAAGACGUCGUAUGGAUGUGCGCCAACGCCAAGGAGGUGCUGCGCCACCUGUGCGUCCUGCGCACCGACCACAGCGUCACAGGCAAGAGAACCGAAUCGCUGCGCCUCGUGCUCAUCAUCGUCCUCUCACGCGCCGUCACCCGCGACGCCUGGCGCUCCAGCGUGCCUAAUAUGCGCCGGCUGAAGUGCGCACUGCAGGGCGUGGAUGUUAAUCGGGGAGUGACAGAAAGCUCUGCUGCAUCUCACGUUGCCCCGCUGGUCUGUUGA